CUCAGCUCAGUGGAAAUGAAUAAAAGUCCUCAAUGAUCACAUUCGCAUUUACAAACGGAUAUUUACAAACGUUCUGUCAUACUUUCGCUGCCUGUGUUGGCUAGUUAACAAGUCCGUUUUGUUGUACAUUUUCCGCUGUCUUUAUAGCGGUUAUUUAUUUAUCUUUCUUUGCACGGGAUUGUCACUUGAUCUCCCGGAUAAACUGCCUUUUGCACAGCCAGAACUGGACUUUGGGAAACAUUCGUAUAUGUCUAUUUCUUUCAUACAAUUACCGGAUUCUUGUUUUUUUUUAUAUCUAAACCUCCUGUGGCACAAGGAUGCGUUGAAAUAUAAUAGAUUUUAAUGCAAAGUGGAAUUUGCGCGACUCCGGGUUCCCGGUCGUGUGUUGAUUGUGAGGAAGCUCUCAUAUAGUUUGUGUGAUUUUGCUAAAAUGCAUCACCAACAGCGAAUGGCUGCCAUAGGGACAGACAAAGAACUGAGCGACUUAUUGGAUUUCAGUGCGAUGCGAAACAGCGAUUUGAAAAUGUUCCCAACAUCAAUGAUGUUCUCUCCUCCUGUUAAAAACGGACCAGCCUCCCUGGGAAGUGGACAUUUUGCAGCCUCAAAUAUGGAGGACAGAGCCAGUGCAGGAUCUUGGGGAAGUAGAAGUGCCCCUUCAAAGAGUUACGCUGACGGCUCCCAGUACGCUCACAUGACUAGCCGGGACAUGGGCUCACACCCGCACGACAACAUCUCUCCUCCGUACGUCAACUCCAGACUAACAGGUAAAACGGAGAGAGGAUCCUACUCCUAUGGAAGAGACUCCAACUUACACGGGUGUCAUCAGCCGAGCCUCCUGGGAGGAGAAAUGGGCAUGGGCAGCCCUGGGGCGGUGUCGCCCACUAAGCCUGGAUCGCAGUAUUACCAGCACUACAACAACAACCCUCGCCGGAGACCACUGCACAGCGACAACAUGGAGGUUCAGACAAAGAAAGUUCGGAAAGUUCCUCCUGGUUUGCCUUCCUCAGUAUAUGCCCCGUCUGCCAGCACGGCUGACUACAACAGGGACUCACCAGUGUACCCCUCCUCCAAACCCCCCAGUGGAGGAUUCCCCAGUUCCUUCUUUAUGUCAGACGGUGCUGACCCGUGGAGCUCCUCCAGUGGAAUGAACCAGCCUGGUUACAGUGGCAUGCUGGGUAACUCCUCCCACGGACCCCAGAGCAGCAGCUACUGUGGCACCCACCCUCACGACCGGCUGAGCUACCCGUCACACUCCUCGGCAGACAUCAACCCCAGUCUUCCUCCCAUGUCCAGUUUCCAUCGUAGCAGUGCCUCCAAUCAGUACAGUACAGCUUCCUGCACUGCCACCACCAACGGCACAGACAGCGUGAUGGGUAAGACCUGGGGACAAGGACACAGGGCUGCAGAAGACAGGACAGAAGACAGGGCUGAUUACAGGACAGAAGACAGGACAGAUCACAGGGCUGAAUACAGUGCUAACCGGGCGCAGAGCGGGGCACCAACCAGCUCUCAGACAGGAGAUGCCCUGGGGAAGGCUCUUGCUUCGAUCUACUCUCCAGACCACACGAACAACAGUUUCUCGUCCAACCCGUCGACCCCCGUCGGCUCUCCCCCCUCACUCACAGCUGCUAGUUCUGCUAUGUGGUCCAGGAACGGAGGACAAGGUCCUUCCUCCCCCAACUAUGAGGCUCCUCUACACUCUCUGCAGAGUCGUAUCGAGGACCGCCUGGAGCGCCUGGACGAUGCCAUCCACGUCCUGCGGAGUCACGCGGUCGGCCCCUCCACGGGCAUGCCCGGCGGGCACCAAGACAUGCACAGCCUCAUCGGAGCAGCGCACAACGGGGCCAUGGGAGGACUGGGCACUGGGUACGGCACGGGACUACUCUCUGCCAACCGCCACUCAAUCAUGGUGGGCUCUCACAGGGAAGAUGGUAGCGUGGCCAUGCGUGGCAGCCAUCCCAUCAGACCCAACCAAGUGCCAGUCCCCCAGCUGCCCCAGCAGUCUGCCACAUCACCAGAUCUCAACCAGACUGAUACAUACCGGGCUCUCUCCAGUGGUCUCCAGGGCCAGAGUGCCUCGUCCGUCUCGUCAGAGAUCAAGUCGGAGGAUGAGGGGGAUGAGAACCUACAGGAUGCCAGGUCUAUGGAGACCAAGAAGGAGGAGCCUGACAACAAGGACCUCAAGUCUAUUGAUAGCAACGCGGACGACGAGGACUUGUCUCCGGAGCAGAAGAUCGAACGUGAGAAGGAACGCAGGAUGGCCAACAACGCCCGGGAACGGCUGCGUGUCCGAGACAUCAACGAGGCUUUCAAGGAGCUGGGGCGCAUGGUGCAGCUGCACCUGAAGAGUGACAAGCCACAGACCAAACUGCUCAUACUGCAUCAGGCCGUGGCCGUCAUACUGAGUCUGGAGCAGCAAGUCAGAGAGAGGAACCUGAACCCUAAGGCAGCGUGUCUGAAGAGACGUGAGGAGGAGAAAGGCUCGUCGGACGGCGGAGCGACCCUCUCCCUGGCCGGGCCGCACCACGGCAUGGGGGACGCCUCCAACCCAAUGGGACAAAUGUAAAAACCCCCUAAAUGGUCCAAGCUCCCAGAGUUCAUCAAGAUGAUGAGCGACCACUUCCUUUGACAACAUUCUCCUAUUUCCUGAACCAAUCAAAUCAACCGAUCACGUCAAUCAACGAUCUGUCUGACCAACCUGAUCUGACCAAUGUUUUUUUUUUCCCAGGACCACCUGUCUUCUGUCUUCUGUAGAAAUGAACGAACUGCAAAUGUAUAUUGGCUAUGAAAACAUAACAGAUACUACAAGAUAUGUUUUCUUAUUAUAUUGUUUCGUAUUUUCAGCAUUCCCCCCCCCCCUCAAAAAAAAAACACAAAAAAAAUGAUAUUAUAUAUGUUAAAGAAAAAUAUUUAAAAAAUCACAAAAAAUCAAUGAAAGUUAAUGCAACUACGUGAUGAUGGGGGGGCUAUUUCUAACACAUGAACAAUGUUGCAGGACUCAGCUGCUGUCUCAACUGAAUGGCAAUCUUCUCCACACUGUGGAAACUCUUGCAGUCGUGCCUGAACUCCACCUUGAUGUUUAAAGUUAAAUAGAUAUAUAUGAAAAAUCAAUCAGUCAGUCUGGGGGGGGGGUAUAAAAAAAAAAGUUGAGAUUAUGUAGAAUUUCAAGACAUUUUUUAAAACAUGCAAUAAUUAUAAAAAAUAAAAAAAAUGUGUACUUCUAAUCGAAAAACAGAACAGAUACAUUUUAAGAUAACACUUUGUGUUUUGGGCUCUAAGUUGGCUUUAAGCAGUGUUGGGGAAUGUUACUUUUAAAAGUAACUCGUUACAUUACGCGUUACUUACUGUAGAAAGUAACUCGUUAGGUUACCGCGUUACUGGCAUUAAAAAGUAACACGUUACAUUACGCCGUUACUUACUGUGGAAAGUAACGCGUUAGGUUACAGCGUUACUUACUGUGGAAAGUAACUCUUUUAGUCGUUACAUUACUUUUGCGUUACCAAACCCCAGAAAACUCUCUGAAAAUGUAUUGCGCGUGUUGGUCGUUGUUAUGCCUAUUUACUAAUCGGUGCUACAACGAUUUCAUCCGACGUCAUGGGAGCGCUCCAGACCGAGAUCUCUGUCAGAUUAUCAUGAUAGCUGUUUCAGUUGUUUUACUAAAUUGAACCGUGUAUUUUGCAAUAAAAAAAAUGUGUUAUUUUUUUAAAUCGCAUUAUUAGUUGGUUGUUGUAACUGUUCCACACAACAACAAAAAAAUGCGUGAAGAAGGAAAAACGUAUACACAUUAUGAUAAUAAGGAAAGAUAAAAUAAGACAUGAAAGCCUACUCAUUAAUAGCCUUUAUUUUCUGGCUUUAAUAUGUCUAUUUCGUUUCUUUAAAGCUGCCGAAAUGUUGGUUUUGAUUUGUGGACAAUGUCCAAGUGUUCUGACGAAAUUCCAUUUUAAAACUAUCGAAAUGUUUGAUAAAUACAACAACAACAAAAGCGUUGCAUCACAAUUCAAUUCUAUCUUGAUAAAUCCAAGGCACCAUAAAUCAAAACCAACAUUUUAGGCAGCUUUUUUGAAACGAAAUAGACAUAUUAAAGCAAGAUAAUAAUAAAGACUAUUAAGUUACAACAAGCCCGACUUGAAAUGUUGACGUGAACAUUUUAAUAAGAGUAAACUUCAAUCCGCGAAUGCAACUGUCAGAGAAAUCCGUAAACAUAAAUGCAUUGAAAUAAAUGGCGUGCAAUCAUCAAAGACGCAUACAUGUUGAUUUAGUUUUCUCGGGGUGACAGGUUUAAACAAAACGUAAAUCUAGAUUUUGCUGUUUUGGAAGCAAGAAGCGCAAUCUUCCUCAGCAUCAACAGCAAUCGGAUGUCUUGGGUCCUUUUCCACCGGUCUUGUGGAGCUGCGCUUGGGCCUGAAUGCGCAUCUUGAUAUGUGAAGUUGACAGGCGCUUAGCCUCGAGGCACAGUUUGCGUUUUAUUAUUAUUAUGUUGUUUUCCUUUUCUUUUACCAAUUCUUAAUCAUGUGAAUACUUUCACGUGGUAAAGGCUGGUGGCUCUGCCAUCCUGAUAGCUUCAUGCCACAAUGUUCUUGAAGAAACAAGAAGAGCGUGAAUUUAUGAGGAAGGGAUUUUCAUAUUAUAAUUUGUCAAGGGAAAUAAUAUUUCAAAGUAACGAUUCGCUUAUUUGAAAAAGUAACUUUAAGUAUCUGAUUUCUUAAAUUGAAAAAACGAAUACGUUAAGUUUCUCAUUACCACAAAAAAAAGUAAUUUGAGUAUUCUAACUCGUUACUCGUUACCCCCAACACUGCGAGAGAAGAUGGAGGGAAAACAUCUUCUAGCCAUUCGAAACCAGCAAACGUCCUGAUUCAGAUUGAAAUGUGUUUUCAUUGGUCACUCCUUUGCGUGAGCAAAUGGAACCUUGUGAUUAGAGGGCAUGGCCGUUGGUAGUGUUACUCUUCCUUACUGCAUGUUACAAGGCAGAUGAAGGAAGGAAGGAAGGAAGGAAGGAAGGAAGGAAGGAAGGAAGGAAGGAAGGAAGGAAGGAAGGAAGGAAGGAAGGAAGGAAGGAAGGAAGGAAGGAAGGAGAUAAAAUAAAGGGGGAGAGAUAUGUCUCCUUUCUGUGUCUGUCACACAGAGUCCCAGACCAGGUCAGAAUAGCGCAAAGUCUCUCAACCAUUUUUUGAGACCCAAGUCAAAGGUCAAGGUCUCUCCCAGGUGAUGUCACUUCCUGAUAAUGACGCUGCAAUGGAAAGGCACAGCCAGAGGGGGAUGUACUGUAUAUCCCAGAAUCUGAGCAGUCCAUCACCUUGUAUGAUUUGCCUGAUUUUAAACCCCGGACUAGCACUUCACAUCCCCCUCUGUUCCCCUAGAUCUCCCUUCCUGACCCCUAAAACCACCCCAAGACCCCAGAAAUGCAAUUUUAACAUUCACUUCUACCAAUGUGCCUUUCAGAGUUCAUAUCAUUCAAACGCGAUGAGGAGGAACCGGACGUUAUCUGAACUUUUUAGGAUUCAAGCUUAGGGAACUGUUAGUUAUUAGGUCUAUGCAGUCAGGUUUUUUCUGACCUGGGAAUUUAAAAAACAGUAAAAAGAAAAAAAAAGUAUUUUGGGAUAAACUGUAUUUAAUUGUACUGUAUGCUUAUAUGUAAUUAGAAGGCGUGUCCCUGAAUGGACCUUGUUUUAGUCAGUUGAGCCCCCUGGCGGCCCCAGCACCCCGAGUUUCAGCACCCCUUCCUCUAUUCCAAGUUGCAGCCUGUUUCCAUUGUGAACGACAUGUCUGUUUUUUGAGCGUUGUAUUAUAGCUAUCAGCUUUUUAUCAAUAUCGGCUUGUCCAUGAGCCCCUGUAGUCUUCAGUACCAGUGUGUGGUUGUAUGUGUAAAACAGAACUUUUUCUCUUUUUUAAUCUUUCUCUUAUUCUUUGUCUGUUCUGGUUUCUGUGUCGAUGAAAAAAAUACUAAACCACGACUUGCUGCCCUAUGAAAAUUGGACAGCAGCUGUUUUUAAAAGUGGUUUAUGUUAUCCAAUCAACACAAGGCACUGAAACUGGAACCUAAUCUAUUUGAAAAUCAAUAUAUAUAAAUGUAAAAAUAUAUACAAUAUAUAAAUAAGGAAGGUGCCAGUUUUCAAAGGAACGGUUGUUUUGGGUCAGAUUAAUUAUUUUCUUAGAGAUGGGUGGAAAGUUUGACGAGGCAUCUCAGUGUUAAUGAGGUAUGAAGGUUUGAAGAGGCAUCUCAAGUGUUAAUGAGGUAUGAAGGUUUGAAGAGGCAUCUCAAGUGUUAAAGAGACAUGACUUGUUCUGCUGUGCCCCUGACAUCACAAUGACUGACUAUGGCACCCCUGACUGGACAAAAGGGACAGGAGUUCCCCAUCAUCCUCCACUCAUUGCUAUUCAGCUGUCAAAGAAAACACACACAGACAUUUGUAAAUUGUAUGCAACAGAUGCAAACGUACCAUUAUUUUGAAAUUGUGUAUGUAAAAGUUAUAUUUUUACAUGUAGACUGUCGUUAUUUUGUGUUUAGAUAAAACAUUGUAUCAGUUUUUUUUUUUUUUUUUUGCUAAAAGAAAAAAAAAGUAAAAUUCGGUGUGUGUUGAAAACGUGUCACAUUGAAAUUGUAGUGAGGUCAAAAGCUUCAGUAUCAUUUUCAGUUUUUUUCCCCCCAAAAAAGGUUUGUUUUAUAUUUCCGGGAUUUUUUGUUUGAAGAAUGGGAUUGGAGGGGGGGGGGGUAAUUGGAAAUCAAAAAGGUAUAUAAUAUUAUUUUCAUGCUCAUUGCCAUUUUUCAUUGUAUUUUUUAAGAAAAUGUGUACGUAGUUAUAGCACACAGGGUUGGUUCAUGUCCCUUUGGUGGGGGGGGGGGGGGGGGGGGGGGGGGGGGGGGGGUGACGAAUAGCUGAGAGUGGGAAAUGAUUGAGUUGAUUUGAUCAGUUGUAUUCUGCUUGUAAUGUGCCUGGUCAUUCUAGCCAGGUGCCAAUAUUAAUUAAAAAAUGAACGGCAAUUAACAGUACGUGUGUCAUGGUUUAGUAUUCAACUCACUCAUCUCUGUAUGCGCUGUCUCAGUGUUGCACCACGAUGACUCGUUGAUAGACAGCAGAACUCUCGUCUGCAGGGAAAUACUGUAUAUUCUAGCUGUAUUCAAGUGGUGCUAAGCAUGUAUGGGUCAGAGUCACAGUUUGGCCCCUUAGCUAGAAAUCGUACUUUGUCAGGUAAUUAAACGUUUGAUUGUCCAAAAACCAAAACGAGCCCCUAGCAUCUGAAAAUUAGACGUGAACAUAGAAUUGUAAAUGGCCGAUUUUUUGCAAUCUAGCUAUCUCCCCAUGAAGUUAAACUAGGCCGUUUCAGUUUAUUAUGUCCCAGUGUUUUACAGCUAAUUCCAGCUAUUUAAAUAGGACCAGUGUUUUUCCAGCUAAUUCCAGCUAUUUGAAUCGGACCUAGGAUAAAUACAUUUUAUUAGAUUGGAUCUUGUCGUUAUAAGCGCUAAUAUUUUUUUGAUCUUGUAAGAUGUAAUUGACGUAAAAAAAAUAUAUAAAUGAUUGCAGUAACUGUGUUGUUAUUAUCCCUUUUGUGUUUACAGAAAAAGGCAACGCGUAUUUAGUUCUCUUUUCCUGGUUGUACGUACAUACGUGUCACGUACGUAUCAUGCGGUCUUCUUCUUUUCAGUGAUUGAACCCAUGUGCUGUGUAUCAUUUACAGCAUUACUAUUCUGACCAUUCAUUGCCAUAAUAAUAUCAGUUACAUCAGCACUUGUCAUUCGUUCUCCUGGGUGAUAAUAUAUAGGAUAAAUAAUUUUAAAAAAUAAUUGUUGAAUGCAUCGGGAAAUGUCCUAAAAAAAAAAGAGAGACUUUAAAUUCAAAAUCUUGCUCGUUAUGAAACGUGUUGCCCUUGAAUGAAAAUUAUUGAGCUACGAGAACAAAAGUAAAGGGCCAAUGUUUUUUUUGUUUUUUUUCUAUUUAUUUUUGGCGAUAAUUGUCUUUCAACGAAGAUAAUAGUAUAUAGUCACUCAACCCUCUGUAUUAGGGCGUUCCCUUAUGCAUUAUGUUCUCUAUUGUCUGUUUGAAUUCUACAGUCCCGAAGCAGACAUUGGUUAACUAUAGACUGAAAGCAAGUCCCAGACAGACUGGAUGUGUACUCACAUGGCUGUGUGUGUGACUGAUUUAGCAGAAACCCUUCCACAUUUUUUUUUGUAAAAUUGAAAGAAAAAAAAUGAAAAAUAAUAAAGUCAACAAUCAUAGGGUCAUCUUUGCUUUGUAACGAUGGUUGCUAUUUAACAUCCACUACCAGACGUUUUUUUCCGACCCAGAUCAAAGGUGAUGAUGCCAUUUCCUGGGGGUGUCACUUCCUGGUGAUGUCACUUCCUGGUGGUGUCACUUCCUGGUGAUGACAUUUCCAUCGAAUUUUUUCAUAUGAUACAAACCACAAAGUUAAACAGAUUUAAGUCUGGAUCAAAAGUUUAACCUGACUAGAUAAUCAUUAUACUCAGCCCUCAGAAAUAAAACUACUUGUCGAGCAAUGAUAAGAGUAAUCACACUUUAAGAGUUCAUGUAUACUUUAUAGUUCACUUUAAGUUUGGAAGGUUGAUUGAUGAAAGGGAUUUCUUCAGUCUAGCAUCUAGACACCAUGAAUGGUGACACAUGUCAAUCAAUCAAGUUACGUAUGGUUUAGUUACUCUCUCUUCCUAUGGUUUAGUUACUCUCUCUUCCUAUGGUUUAGUUACUCUCUCUUCCUAUGGUUUAGUUACUCUCUCUUCCUAUGGUUUAGUUACUCUCUUCCUAUGGUUUAGUUACUCUCUCUUCCUAUGGUUUAGUUACUCUCUUCAUAUGGUUUAGUUACUCUCUCUUCCUAUGGUUUAGUUACUCUCUCUUCCUAUGGUUUAGUUACUCUCUCUUCCUAUGGUUUAGUUACUCUCUUCCUAUGGUUUAGUUACUCUCUCUUCCUAUGGUUUAGUUACUCUCUUCAUAUGGUUUAGUUACUCUCUUCCUAUGGUUUAGUUACUCUAUCUUCCUAUGGUUUAGUUACUCUCUUCCUAUGGUUUAGUUACUCUCUCUUCCUAUGGUUGAGUUAUUCUCUUCCUAUGGUUUAGUUACUCUCUUCAUAUGGUUUAGUUACUCUCUUCAUAUGGUUUAGUUACUCUCUCUUCCUAUGGUUUAGUUACUCUCUUCAUAUGGUUUAGUUACUCUCUUCCUAUGGUUUAGUUACGCUCUCUUCCUAUGGUUUAGUUACUCUCUUCAUAUGGUUUAGUUACUCUCUUCAUAUGGUUUAGUUACUCUCUUCAUAUGGUUUAGUUACUCUCUCUUCCUAUGGUUUAGUUACUCUCUCUUCCUAUGGUUGAGUUAUUCUCUUCCUAUGGUUUAGUUACUCUCUCUUCCUAUGGUUGAGUUACUCUCUUCCUAUGGUUUAGUAACUCUCUUCAUAUGGUUUAGUUACUCUCUUCAUAUGGUUUAGAUACUCUCUUCCUGUCUUCGAUCAUGUUUGAUUUCACAUUUAGACGACAGACUCACACAGUGUAACUGACUACAGACAGGCCUCUAUUCAAUCUGUAAAGCUGAAGCGUUACGGAACCAUUAAUGAAAUGUCAAGAGGUAGUGCUGCUUGGCAGGGUCGUGUUUCUGAGGACACUUGGCUCUUGACCUUCGCCUCUCCCGAGUCCGUAGGGGAGUUACAUCGAUGGGACAAGACUGUAACUACCAAUUGGAUAUCACGAAAUUGGGGAGAAAAAGGGGUAAAAGUAUAGGAAAAAAAGACACAAAAAAUGUAUAAAAUAAAAAAUGCAUGUAAAAGUAAUUUCCAAUUGAGCAGACCAAUGGACCAAUUUAUUUGUAUUUAACUAGGCAAGUCAGUUAAGAACAAAUUCUUAUUUACAAUGACGGCCUAGGAACAGCGGGUUAACUGCCUUGUGCCGAACGACAGAUUUUUACCUUGUCAGCUCGGGGAUUCAAUCUGGCAACCUUUCGGUUACUGGCCCAACGCUCUAACCACUAGGCUAUCUGCCGCCCCCAUUAGGCUAUCUGCCGCCCCAUUUACCGUGAAUGCAGUCUCUGCUAAAGCGGGAACAUUGUCUUUAUAUUUGAAUCACGGUGUAAAACUGAACACCCGUGAUGCGGAUUGAAUAGAGUCCUAACACAGUUAAACUCAGUACAGAUUAACACAGUGAAACUCACUACAGAUUAACACAGUGAAACUCACUACAGAUUAACACAGUUAAACUCAGUACAGAUUAACACAGUUAAACUCAGUACAUAAUAACACAGUGAAACUCACUACAGAUUAACACAGUGAAACUCACUACAGAUUAACACAGUGAAACUCACUACAGAUUAACACAGUGAAACUCACUACAGAUUAACACAGGGAAACUCACUACAGAUUAACACAGUGACACUCACUACAGAUUAACACAGUGAAAUUCACUACAGAUUAACACAGUGAAACUCACUACAGAUUAACACAAUGAAACUCACUACAGAUUAACACAGUGAAACUCACUACAGAUUAACACAGUGAAACUCACUACAGAUUAACACAGUCAAACUCACUACAGAUUAACACAGUGAAACUCACUACAGAUUAACACAGGGAAACUCACUACAGAUUAACACAGUGAAACUCACUACAGAUUAACACAGGGAAACUCACUACAGAUUAACACAGUGAAACUCACUACAGAUUAACACAGUGAAACUCACUACAGAUAAACACAGUGAAACUCACUACAGAUUAACACUGUGAAACUCACUAAAGAUUAACACAGUGAAACUCACUACAGAUUAACACCGUGAAACUCACUACAGAUUAACACCGUGAAACUCACUACAGAUUAACACAGUGAAACUCACUACAGAUUAACACAGUGAAACUCACUACAGAUUAACACAGUGACACUCACUACAGAUUAACACAGUGAAACUCACUACAGAUUAACACAGUGAAACUCACUACAGAUCAACACAGGGAAACUCACUACAGAUUAACACAGUGAAACUCACUACAGAUUAACACAGUGAAAUAGAAGACAGGCUCCUUUUUAUUUUUUUUUACAUUGAAUGGAAAAUAUAACCCUUUUUCAUCUAAAUUAACCAUAGAAAGCACAACAUGUAUACAGUUAUAUACACACAUAUAUAAAAGUAUUGCAAAGUCUAAAAGACAUUCACCAGGUGGCACCAUGGCUUCUAUGUCUACUCACUUUACCUUGCUCUUCAUUGUUUUACUUCUUGCUGUGUAUGAUUUUAUUCAUCCCUGUGCCGUGAUUGGUUGGUUUAAACAUGUUCAUUUCAGAGUAUUAACAGACUACCCUAUGAACUGUGGCCUUUUUCCUUCUCCUUGUUACGAUGUGAUGCAAUUAAAGUGCUGAAACAAAUAGAGCGAGCAGAGAGUUACCGUGGAUCAGUGCCUCUGGCAUUUUUUGUUCUUUGGCCUCCUUUGUCUAGUGCUCUUUUGCUAUGAAAUAAACUAGUGAACCCAAUCAUGAUAGAGAGGAGCAGAAAAAUAAGAAACUACAUUUAAAAUAAAUGAAAAUAUAUUUGGCUUGUUUUGUUUUUUUGUUGUUGCAGGGCCAAUCCUUUUAUACCAGGUAUAUUGAGGAAAUAAGAUUUGGAAGCAGAAGAAAAAAAGAAGACAAGAAAAGUCAAAUUUUAAAUAUUCCAGUUUGUAGAUUAUUUUUUGGGGAAUCAUUAAAAGUAAAAGUUUGUUACUUUAUUUUACUAUUUAAAAGAUGUUGUUUCCCAUAUUACUGAGACGAAACUGUAUGGUGUUUUCCACGAUGGGCUAUAGUCAGACGGAGGGUCCCAUCCGUACGUGCAGCAGUGAUUCUAGAGGAAAUGUAAAAUUUUAAAAAAAUGACGGUUACACUUUCUUUCCAGUAUGUGGCUGAGUGCCUCAAAACCUUUUUAUGUUAUUCUUACUCUUUUCUUUUUACAUUUUCUUAAUUAUGUUUUUCAGUUUCCGUUGUAUUUUUAAAAAAAUAUAUUUUUUAUCUUUAUGUUAUAAUUAUUAGUAUCAUUGUUCUUGUUGUUUAUUAUAACUUUUUUUUCUUCAAAUUGGUAGAUAUGUCCGAACAGGUUGUGUGCUGGAGUUGCUCCUCUUCAAACCAGCCCAUCGUAGGCCCAUUGCCUGCUGUUUUUCAUCUUGUACUUAUUCUAUGAAGUCAUGUACAUGACCGUUCUGUAGCAAUAAAUGUGCCAUUUUUAUAACC